AUGAAUUGUUCGCCUAUUCAAAAAGAAUUGAUCAGAAAGAAACUUACAAAUCUGCAAGAUGACGUUUCGUCAUUGAAGCAGAAGUUUUGGAGCAAUAGGAAGAGUGUUGAUGAAUAUUGUCACUCUCGCUUCUACGAUGAGCUGUCUGCGCUGAGGCGAAAGAAACGUAGUAUUUACAAUUUGAUUCUUGGUGUCCUUGCUGCCAAUAUACAUUCUCGAGAAUCCAGUAGCCGUUAUCCAUCAGAACUGAAACCUCUUCUUCGCCAGCUUUAUGCAGUCGAAACGGAUUUUCAAACACUUGUAACAUCUCUCAACGCCAAAGAUCCUUUGGAACACGCCGACGGUGCUAUUGAAGGUGCGUACAUUUAG